UUAUCUUGCUGGGCACUGGCCCGAGAUAGUCGUGGGCAAGCCGCACCCUGCAUGAGGGACAAAGCCACACAAACCUAGAGUGAGUGGACUAAAGAAUAUGCCGAGAAAAAAGGGUCUCAUAAGCGCUCAACGUCCUGGGGCAGCACAGAGCAGCUUAAAGAGAUUGCAAAAUUAUGCCAGCAAUUGCAGAGAAGCAAACACAGCAGUCGUCAUCAUCGAGAUAAAGAGAGGCAGUCUCCAUUCCACGGCAGCCAUGCAGCUAUUAACCAGAUCCAGGCUCCUGCUCCAAAGAGCACACUUACUCCUGCCUGCCCCAUCACCAAGUCGACAGGCUCUCGGUUCUGGAACAGAGUGGAAGGACUGAACCAGGAGAUCGAGAUCAUAAUUAAGGAAACUGGGGAGAAGGAAGAGCAGCUUGUUCCCCAAGAUAUCCCCGACGGUCAUCGUGCUCAUCCGCCCCUUGCCCAGAGGAGCAGCAGCACUCACAGUAUUGACACCCAGACGCCAGGGGGGGAUGCAGACAAGGGGAGCAACAACAGCAACCGCUCUCAGUCUGUGUCCCCCAUAUCCUUCUUCACCAUCUCUAAUGAGGGCAGCGAGGAGAGCCCCUGCUCCGCUGAUGACCUGCUUGCUGAUCCCAGGGAUAAAGAGAAUGGAAACAACUCUCUUUUGCCAAAAUAUGCAACCUCACCAAAACCUAAUAACAGUUACAUGUUCAAAAGGGAACCUCCAGAGGGCUGCAAAAGGGUCAAAGUCUUUGAGGAGUGCUCACCAAACAAGGUGAAUUUCAUUCCUAAGAGUGGCUCUGCUUUCUGCCUGGUGAGCAUCCUCAAGCCGCUUCUUCCCAUACCAGAUCUUACCCUCAAGGGCUCUGGCCACAGCCUGACAGUCACCACUGGCAUGACGACCACUCUGCUUCAGCCCAUCUCCAUGGCCUCCCUGUCAGCAAACACAGAGCAGGACAGGGUAUCUCAAGGAACCAGUACAGUCCUGCCCUCAGCCUCCCUCCAUGCACCACCAGAACCCAUCGAAGAAGCCGAAGGAUAGGUUCUGGGAACUGAGA